AUGUCAUUAUUUCUUCUAUUAUUUUUUUAUGUUUAUCUUUUUCUGUAUUUCUCACUUUUCUUUUAUUUUCUUCUUUUUUUAUUUCGUUUUAUUUUCUUUCUUCGUUUUUUAAAAGAGUAUUUUUUUCAAUUUCAUCCCAUUUUAUUAUACAUUUUUCCUUUUCCUCUCUCUUUCUUUCUUUUUCUUUUUGAUUUCCUGUUUUUCUUUCUUUCUUUCUUUCUUUCUUUCUUUCUUUCUUUCUUUCUUUCCUCCUCCGCCUUCUAUUCUUUCUUUCCUUUCUUUCUUUCUUUCUUUCUUUCUUUAUUUGCCUUCCUGUUUUCCGUUCUUUCUUUCUAUAUAUCUUUCUUUCUUUUUUCUUAUUCAUCCUUUCUCAUCUAUCAUUCCAUUAGUAUUGGCAUUUAUUCCCUAAAUAAUAUACUAUUUAAAUUGUUUUUAGUCAUUCUUCAGAUUUCUAUUUCUCUCCAUUCUUCCUUUUUACUCUCUCUUUAUUAUGCAAGUUCAAUCAUUUUGCUGCUGGAAAUUCUGACAUUUUUGGAUGCCUGUCAAUUUGCCCUUGUGAUUACCUCAGCUAAUAUAAUAUUUAAAUAUUUUUUUAUCAUUCAAACUUUCCACUAUUAUCUUUGUGAAUUUUUCUUUUCCUUUUCACUACAAUGUUUUUUUAUUACUCCUAUUUUCAGGCUUCUUCUUCUCUUUUUAAUUUCCUUUCUUUCAUCUUUCAAUGAAUUUUCUUUUUCAUCCAGUCUAUUCCUCAGUCGCCUCAUGUUUGUUUUUCUUUUCUUCGUUUGUUCUUCUUUUGUCUCUUUCUUUCUUUUCUUUCUUUUCUUUUCUUCUUUUGCAUUUCUUUUUCCUAUUCAUCUCAUUUCUACAUUAAGUUCAUUAGAGUUUUUAUUUCUUUAUUUCUUUCUUCAAAUCUCUCCACUUCAUAUUUUCUUUACCUCUCAUUUACUGCGUCUCUUAACACAUUCAUUCAUUCAUUCUUUCUUUCUUUCUUUCUUUAUUUAUUUAACUCACCUUUAUAAUCUUUCUUUCUUUUUUAACCUCACUUUAACUUAUUUCUUCAAAUGUCCUUUACGUUAUUUUCUUUUAUUACUUUCUUUUUGA